UCAAUGGCCACCGCAUCCAUUUCCAGCGUCCUACUUCUUAUUCUAUCAGCCUUCUCUAUAGCUGCUCUAGGCACUUCUUCUCCGACUCCGGCCAACGGCAACGGCAGCGACACGGACCUUGCCGCGCUGUUGGCUUUCAAAGGCCAGCUUUCCGAUCCUCUCGGCAUCCUUGCCAGCAACUGGACCACCGGCACGUCUUUCUGCCACUGGGUCGGCGUCUCGUGCAGCUCAAGGAGGCGGCGCGUCACAGCUCUGCGCCUCACCUACAUACCCCUCCAUGGAUCGCCCGCUCCUCAGCUUGGUAACCUCUCUUUCCUCUCGGUCCUUAACCUCACCAGCACAAACCUCACCGGUUCAAUCCCUGAUUCUAUAGGGAGAUUGCAUCGCCUAAAAUAUCUAAACUUCAGGUUCAAUGGCCUCUCGGGUAGCAUCCCACCCACUAUAGGAAACCUCACCAGGCUUCAGGUUCUUAGCCUAGGCUUUAACAGUAUCUCUGGUCCGAUCCCGCUCGAGCUACAGAACCUACACCAUCUCAACUCCCUAUAUCUGCAACAUAAUUCCCUCGCCGGCACCAUACCAGUCAAUCUGUUCAACAGCACAGCAAUGUUGACUGUUCUAGACAUUGGCAACAACAGCUUGUCCGGAGCAAUACCGCCUUGCAUCGCGUCCUUAGAAAUGCUAGAGUUACUGGACCUGCAAGUAAAUCAUCUCGCAGGUCCGGUGCCCCCAGCCAUCUUCAAUAUGUCCAAACUGCAUUCUUUAUGGCUCGGUGACAACUACAACUUAACUGGCUCUUUCCCAACCAACUCAAGUUUUAAUCUACCAUCGCUAGAAAAAAUCAUCCUUCAAAACAACGGUUUCACAGGUCAGAUCCCACUGGGGCUCAUGUCUUGCCAGUACCUUCAAAUUAUUGCCCUUUCAAGCAAUUCAUUUGAGGGUCUUGUGCCAACAUGGUUGGGCAAGUUGACCAAUCUCCGUUACCUUUUAUUGGGUGGGAAUGAGCUUUUUGGUCCAAUCCCAGUUGCUCUCAGCAACCUAACUUCACUGUAUGCCCUAGACUUGUCAUUCUGCAAGUUGGAAGGAUCCAUUCCGGCUCAACUUGGACAACUUGGCCAGCUAUCCGAAUUGCACCUUGCCACUAGUCAUCUAUCAGGUGCAAUUCCACCUACCCUCGGCAAUUUAUCUCAACUAACUUACCUCGAUUUGCAAAUAAAUCCACUGUCUGGAUCCAUACCAUCAACACUUGGCAACAUUGCAACUUUGAACAUGCUUAUUCUAACGGAUAACAAUUUAGAGGGGAAUCUGGGCUUCCUAUCAGAUCUUUCCCGUUGUAGGGAUCUCCAACUCCUUUUCAUAGAGGGAAAUUCAUUCACCGGGCCCAUCCCUAACCACGUGGGAAACCUCUCUACACAGUUGAUCACUUUUCGUGCGGGUCGCAACAAGUUAACCGGUGGACUUCCAGCUACUUUCUCAAACUUAUCCAACCUUGAAUGGUUAGAUAUUUCAAACAACCUACUCACCGAGGCAAUCCCAGAGUCCAUUACUACAAUGAGAAAUCUGGUGCUUCUUAACCUCUCCGGAAACAGUAUCUUGGGCCCAAUACCAACACAAAUUGGCAUGCUCGUGGGUCUACAAAAGUUGUUUCUCCAAGGAAACUAA